AUGUUUUUCCCUGAACAGGAGUAUAAAACUAGUACUAAAGUAGAUAUUCUACAUAAAUAUUAGAGUGAAGAUGAGUUGAAGAAGUUGACUUUGGAAGAAGAUUUAAGUGAAUGUUAAAGAUCCAUUUAUAUUUUAACAAAGGGAUAACAAUUGCAGAAGAAAGCUAUUUAUUCUAAUUUACACAAGAUUUUAAAGGAACCUAAUGCUUUUGAAUUUCUUUUUUAAGUUAUAAUCGAAGAAAUCUAAUAACAAGAAGAAGACAAUUAAAUUAUUGCAGCUAAAUCUCUUUAGAAGUUAAUAAAAGAGAAUUCCCUCUCAAAUUAGGAGUUAUUACAAAUCUACGAUUUGACAACUCAAAUAUUGAAGAUUUGGUCGCUUCCAGUCUUAAAUGAAUGGGUCUUAACAAUGGAUACUCUCCUAAGAGCAAUAGGCAUAAACAAUAUCCUCAUUCCAAUCUAAUAAUUGAUAUUACUUUUAACAGAUAGCUCCCAACCUUCAAUGUCCCGUUAAAGCUCUGCCAAACUCAUGGGCACUUUGGCUUAACUUCUUGGAAAUGAAAUUAAAGGUCCGAUACUUGAUAGAGCUAGGAGUUUAUGUUCAGAUCAUGAUAAGGAAAUCCGGUUGAUUAUGGCUGAUGAUGUGUUGAUUAAAGUGUGCUAAUCGAUUUCCAGUGAUUUAAUAGAGUGUUACUUAAUGGAAAAAAUAAUGGAGCUAUUUUAUGAUACUGAUUAAAUUGUGAGGAGUUCAGGUAUGAAACUAUUUUUUACAAUUGCAAAUAACCUAUCAGCAGAGGAGAUUAAAAAUAGAUGCACUAAAUAGUUUAUUGAUUCAAUCCAAAGUCAAAAUGAGGAGAAUAGAUUGGUAAUGUCCAAAAUGUGCGGACGUAUAUUUCAUCUUGUAAUUAUCUACAUUAAUAAUAAAUAGAUAAAAGAUCAUUUGAAUUAGCAGUAAUUCACACUCUUUCUUAACAUAUAUAUGUCAUAUGCUAAGAGUAAGAACAUUGAUGUAAGAGUCAACUUUAUAAGUAAUUUCCCUGCUCUUUUAUCUUUGGCAGCUAAGAAAUUUGAAUACUUCUAAGAAUCUUAUUUACAAUGUUGCAAUGACACCAAUGAGUUUAUUGUAAGAACCGUAAUCAAUUGUUUCCAUGAAGUUGUACUCCUUUCUGAGAAUACUGAGAUACUGUUUUAGGUGUUUAUGAACUUCAUGAAAUCAAAGAGUGUUACAAUAUUGGAAAUUCUGAUAUUGAGAUUCGCCUCCAUUAUUAAUUCCUUCCAAAAAACAAUCAGUAACAACCGCAAUUUGGUCAACCAGCACUUGAAUUACUUAAUAGUCUAAUUACUCGAAAUCUUUGGGAUUUCUAAAUAGAAUUUCUUGACCAAUUCAAAAAAAAUGCCAGUAGAUUUUUAGUGA